CACUCAACCAAAGAGAAUCGGCCUACGUCUAAAAUCAAAUUAAGUUAAAAUAAAUUAGUUUUCUACCAAUCGGCUAUUUUAAAACAAAGUAUGACUAAAGUAAUAUCAUUAGCAUUUUUCUCUAGUUCUAUCAAAUUAACCAAAAUCAAACCACAAUCUCCCAUAAAUAUACGCAAUUCACCUAUUAACUACAAAUCGACAAGUUAAAUUGGGUUGUGGGUUACUUAAAACAAGCAUGCUUAUUUGAUUUUACUUAUUAUUGUUAAUUACUAAUUAUGAUGAAUAACUUUAUAACAUUAAACCUAUUUUCGUAUAAUGAAAGUGUGUCGCUUAUAAUUAUUAGAGAGGUGCCGGAAAUCCCAAAUUAAAAAAUUUUGUACCGAAAAAAUGGAGUUCCUUCACAAAAUUUUGGGGCAGAUACACCCCUCCCCUUGCCCUAGGUGCCCCCGGUGGAUAGACAACGUGGUCGUCUAUGUGGCAAUACCUAAGUUAUGAAAAAUAAAAAGUGUAAAAAAAAAAAAAUUACUUUACCUCCCUCACUCACGUCCACUCACCACCCGCCUUAUCCUCUCCCUCAUCUUCUCGUAUGUCUCCUCCUUCGUCUUUGAAGAUCAUCUACGAACUUCGCCGACGAGGAUUCUCUACACGUCUUGCAAGGAAGGCGGCGAGACUGCCAUCGCUUGUGAAAGUCCCCCUCUCCCACACUUUCUCAUAUGAAAUCGCGCCACUAGAAGUCUAAUCGAAGCGGAAAAAGAGAGUCAUGAUCUGGGUUCUGUCGAAGCGGUGAGUGCUUUGGGUAGAUAAAGCGAAGUCGGAAAUGACGAUUCGUUCAACAAAGGUAAGGUGGCUCUGACUGGUUUCUGUCGAAAUCUUACCAGAAAACUCGAAAUUAGGUUUUGAAUGUUUAGAGUUUCUCCAAUUCGAACAUUACCCAUUUUGAUGGUUUAGGGUUUCGUGAAUCUAGCAAUCUUCUCCACUAUUCAUAGUUUGAUUCUUCGAAACUGUUAGUGCAAGUUGGUUGUGAGGACCACAGUGGGAUCUUUACAGAUUGUUCACGAAAUAGCCCUUGUAUGAACAUGAAAGAAACUGGAAUUAGUGGAUAUAAUUGUAAAUUACAGUGGUAAGGAUUUCAAAUUUGACCAUCUUUUAACAACCAACACAUGUGACUGGGAAUAUAUUACUGUUGUUUGCUGCAUCCUUCGAAAAAGCCCUCCUUUUUUGGUUGUUGGCUAAACUUUCUUAUCUUUUACUGUGCUUGUUUGCUUCCAAGCACAAUAUCAACAUGUAUUUUACUUGACCAUGCCGAUGAUUGAAUAUAUGGAGAUUGAUUACAAUCAUGGAGGCGAGAUGGACUUCUCUAGUGAUGCACCACGAGAUAUCAGGGGUUUUUUUGGUGAGAAGUUCAACGUUGAUGUUGAUCAAGUGUCAUAUUUUGGACUUGUGGCAUUAGCUACGGUGCACUUGGACAAUGAAGGUGUUCCAAAGAUUUGGUACCUGACCCCGGGAUCCUCAAUGUCUGAUGGCCUUCAUGAAGUGAAAUCUGAUAAGGAAGUGAUGGAGGGCUUGGUUGUUGAUGCAUCCGAGACUAAGGUGGUGACUGUGUUUGCUGAGGUUAUUGAGAGAUAAGAUGGUUUUAUGGGGGACAACAAGGCUACAGAAGGGAUUCAAGGUGCUUUUUUUGUUGAGGCACAUGACGUGGGAGAGGGGGUCUGCUGCUAGGGACAUAUUCAAUGUGGGUGACUUUGACGACAACGAGUCAUCUGAUGAAGAAGAGGGGACUGAUGACCAAUUUUGCACUCCGGUCAGCACUCUGAAUAGUGGUUCCAGUGAAGAAGUGAACCAACCUCAUACAUUUGUGGGUUCUAAUGAGGAGGAUGAAUCUGUUGAAGAAUACAUUCCAGAAGAAGCAACAGCUUCUACCCACAAAAUUCGGCGGGUGUUAGAUGAUGAGGACCCCGAGGAGUUGUUGGAUGAUCUUCCAUUCUAUGAUCCAAAUUGCGAUCACAGGCAACUAGAGUUCCAUGUGAGUCUUAAGUUCCUGAACUAGAGUCUCAACCGCAACAGAUGGAUUGCGGGCUGCUUUUCGAAUUACAUGUUGUAGUGUCUUUUGAUUUUGUUUAGGGUAGGACAGUUUGUUAGUAGGGAAGACGGUUACAAAUUGAGCUUGUAAGGUGAUUCCUUUUGGUUCACCAUAUUUUGCGUAUUGUACAAGCUCAAUUCCUCUAACUUUAUGGAACAAUGUCAAUAGAGCUUGUAAGGUGAUUCCUUUUGGUCCACCACAUUUUGCAUUUUGUACAGGCUCUAUUCAUCUUGUCCCAAACAGCAUGUAACUUUGUCACAUUGUUGUGAAACAAUUUAGCUUUGAAUGAACAAAAAUCGACCCGUGGAAUUUCCCCCUCCGAUUUUCGAGCCGAAUAGCCUCAAUUUUAGUUUUGGUAAUUUUUUGUUCGGUUUGGUUCGAGUUUACCGAACCGUAUGCUCACCCCGGACGAUGAUAUUGGAUCGUUGGGCUAAUAUAAUCAUCUCAUUUAA